GUUCUGCACGUGCUUUCUUUUCUACCUAUACUGCAUCGCUACGCAGUCCACAUUCGUUCAUUUGCGUACAUUUCACCAGCACUCGGACACUCGGAGAUAGGAGGGUUGCCAUACCAAUAGCACCUUACGGUUGUGACGACGGCGGGUGACGAAAAACAGGUUGCAACCUUGAACAGCAGGUUGGCGGAAAGAGGCUGAGAGAGAUCUCACAUCCCUGCCAUCAAUCGGAUCCUCCGAUUACCACGGCGACAGCCACACAGGGGAGCACAUUGUAUACAGACCACGAACCGCCAGUUGAGACUGCAGGACUCCACACACUCGCGCUGUACCACCGUGAUUAGUAUCAGCCAGGCGCAACGACAGCAUGGCCAAGACAAGCACACGACUGAUGCGCCUCAUCGCAUUGUUGCUCUUUCUGUCCAUUACUGCUGUCUAUGCGCAGGCAGAUUUGCCGGACCUUGCAACUGUUACCAAUACGAACGAGGCUACUUCCGCUGCCUCGACAGGGGAGCCGACUACAGCAGCAAGCACAGCCGAGUCGAGCGCAGAAACAACAGGAGAUGCGGCGACAACUGACAGUACUGCCAGCGGCGGCACUGCUGCGCAAACGACAGCCACCUUCCCAGAUGCCACAUCGACCUCGUCAGGCACUACGUUCCGUCUGACCGAUCUGCCGACCAUCGCUGGCGCUGGAGUCCCUACAAUCGUCGUUCCUUAUACAGCCAAUGCGCCGUUCAUGCAGAAGUCUUCGAUGCCGGAGGGAACAGUCUUCAUUGCAGUCGGUGCAGUGCUCGCGUUCCUCGGCGCCUGCGUUCUGCUAUGGCGUGGCCUCGUCGCUUGGAGUGUCAACAGAUCGGUGAAGCGCGCUGCCCUGGCCUCCAUUCGCGGCACGGAAAAGCCAGGCGCGUGGGGUGGUGGUCACUACAAUAGCAAGUCUGCAUACUAUAAGGAAUUCGAGGGUGGGAGCAGCAUGUCGUUGGACCACCUGACAAGUUCUGGCAAAGCACAGAAGCCUGGGAAGAACGAGGAGGGCCACAGACAUUCCUCAGCAGCGCCGCCAGCGGGGUUGUUCUUCUCGCCUACAGCGCAAGCUUCUAAUAGGGCAAGCACCUACAGCGUGGACAAUCGCGGCUCUACAUAUUUGCCCGCAGGCUAUUAUGCUUUGCCCUCUGGAGAUGCACCAGCUGGCGGUCGCAACAGUGCAGUGCUGGGUAGUUCUCACCUGGCUCCUUAUGCACGUAAUAGUUACAUGGGUGGUCAUUCUCCUUCGCCUCCUGGCUCCCCGAAUCCAACAGUUCCUGGAUCUCGACCCGCGUCUAACUUCUAUGGUGGUCCUGGUGAUUCGCGAGCGGGCUUGCGAAGCGGAUCUCGUGAUGGUCCACGCUCGGCAUCCCGUGGCCCUCCCAGCAGGGAUGGAUACGGCGGCAGAGGUAGCCACUUAUACACACAGCCCAGCAGCAGCAGUCUUGCGGUUGGCCAAAGCACAAGCGAUCUGCCUGGCCAACGAGCUCCAUCUGCGAUCUUCGACGACAUGCUUGAUGUACACGGCAACGGGCCGCGCGAACGCUUCUAGUCAGAGCGCGACGCGAGUCGGGCCACAUUGCUGCCGUCGGCUAGCAGGAGCAGAUUCAUGGAGCGACUAUCCGACAGCGACAUUGCCACGCAAAGCCUUGGCGAAUAUCAGUAUUAGUGAAAUACCUACUUACUCGCGCAGACCGAGCCGGGCGUUCAAUCUAUGGAAGAGCGAAGGAGCUGCAUCUCCACGGACUUGUCAGAAUCAUUUGUCGAGCGAUCUUGUGGUCGCUUAGCUAUACCGGUCACUUUCAGACGAGUGCAGCGUUCUGAUGCCCGCCCAAGACGAGGCCUCCGUGCCGAGCAGCAAUACUUUUAAGUCAGCUCGACUCACAUGCCAACGACUUGGACAGCGUAUGGCACGGCUCGAAGCUGCUUUACGUUGGUAGAGGAACAUUUCUCGCGAAGGAUUGCAAAGGAGACUUUUACGUUUUGACGAAAAAGGUGGGAGACUCUCGAUUACACACACGAGAGCAAAUGGAUGGUAUGUGAGACUUAUUGAUAAUGUAUUGAUGACCAGACCCAGAGAGUCGCCUGCGCAAUACAGCAGCACCCAACUGAUAACAGCUUGGUCUAUCCAGUUCCAUAGUAACGAGACCAAAUAUUGUACCUGCAGAACAGGCAGUUUUAGUCGCCUCGCCGCAUGUGCAGGGUUACUUACACAAGUCAUUUAUGCUCCG